AUGCAGUCCCGGACACAGCCCCUAGCCCAGGCCCUGCCCUUCUCCCUUGGGGGAGUUCUGCGAGACACUGGACUCCGGGUGCCUGUCAUGAAGAUGGGCACAGGGUGGGAGGGCCUGCAGCGGACCCUGAAGGAAGUCGCCUACAUCCUCCUCUGCUGCUGGUGUAUCAAGGAGCUGCUGGAUUAAUGGCAGCAGGGAGCUGCCUCCUCCCCGCUGGCACCAUGGCCAGCAUCGCUCAGCACCCAGCCCAACCCCCAUCAAGACUCCUGGGGCCAGCUGUGCUUGACCAAGGAUGGGCCACAAACGAUGAGUGAAGUGUGAUCCUGCUUUGAGUUUGUGCCAUCUGUC